UCAAAGUGAAUCGGGAAAAUCCAGCUGGAACCCAAGUAAUUUUGUCACAUCAACUAGGCAACAAUUUCCUUUUUUUUUUUUCCUCUUUUCCCUGACGCAGGGUAGCUCACCAGACGCUGUCAUUUAUCAUAGAAAGCCACAAAGGGUGGCUUUAUCUAAUGAACUGCCUUCGUAACUCCAAGGAAGGUGGUGGCCCUGCUGAAAGGAGCCACCAUUGCCCCUUUUCUUUUUCCAUGUUCAUGGUUCAGGUACCAGAGCCAUAGAGUGCCAGAGCUGGCUGAAAGGAGAGGAAGAAAGCAGGGCAGCUCAGCCCCUCACCGAGCUGUGCCUUUGGGGCCUCCUUCCAUCAUUGCACCUGGCCACCCUGCUCUGUGUGAUGCUUGCAGUGGCAGUGCUUGAAGGCAACAGCACCCUCUGAAGGAAGGCCUGCAACCCCCGCCAGCUGGGGCUGCUUCUGGCCACAGGUUUUCGUGCUGGGUGCCAGCUGAGAGUGAGAAAACGGAAUCUUUAGGGCACGCUGCACUCACUCCCUCUCACUGAACCAGUUCCUCCCAAGGACUGUGCUUUCUGGUGAGGAAUAUUGUCUGUGGAAGUGAGCACUAGAGUAAAGCAGCAGCUCGUCUCUGAGGAGGUAAAGCUAUCUCUGGAAGCAAGAAUCAGCCUCAAAUACAGCAAGAAAAUCCACGCCAGUAGUAGUGCAUGCUCAGCCAGGGAGACCAGAGCGCUGGGGUGACAGCCCAGCUGCAGGAGGACAGUGUUCAUGGAUGGAGAGAUGAAGGCUGCCCACAGAUCUGUCCCUGAAGUUCUUCUUUUCUGACACAUCGCUGCCUCCAGAGGCCACAUCUGCUUUCAUGCUCAGUACUCCAAGCUGGGAAAUCCCAGCUCUGUGCUGGACGCCCCGUCUGUAGCUGUGCCCUGUGCUACUUAUUGCAAGGUACUGGUUGCGAAAGUGACAAACUUUUUUUUUUUCUUUAGCUUGCCAAACAAUGCAAAUCACCAUCUAUAGCCUUCUGUGUCAUUGCUCCAGCAGGCAUAGCGCCUUUGGUUUUCUGUGUGCUUGAAAACCACUGGCAGCAACGGUGCGUGAAGGCAGACCAGCCCCAGGCAAACUGUUCUCCUUUCAGUAAUUAAAAAAAAAAAAAAAAGAAAGUGGAUUUUGAAAGUGAUUUGCUCAAUUUCUCUAUCUCCUUUUUGUUCUCUGCUCUAUCAAAGGAAUUGCACGUAAGCUAAAGGGGCUUUAUUUGUAAUCCCAUGCUGGUUGUUCCUUGCACGCUGUACCCAUGGACCUGUGCUGUGCUUGGAGCUCUGCCCCAGAGCAGGGUGGGGUGCAGCAGCGUGGGGCCACGACUGCUGGCAGCCCCAGCUCCGAGCUGGAGGAGGCACGAAGACUGCGCAGCCUGCCUUUCCCCAUCCGUAAAGCACUCUGAAAGCACCAGCUCUGCAACAGGCCCCUGGGGCUCGUCCUCGCUUAGCAGUGGGUGUCUUGAGCCUGUCCCCGCACUGCAACCUUUGACCUCGUCCUUGCUGGCCCGGGAGCUGCAGACCCAGCAACUUGCUGCUGUCGCUGCGCACGUGUGGUUUCCGGCCGCCUCGUUCCCUCCAGCGACCUGCAGCUGUGCAGCGGGGACGGAGCAGCGCGGUGGGGACGGAGCAGCGCGGUGGCUUGCUCCUGCCUUCCUGCAGGCGUACGGGGCCGGCCCAGCUGCUGCUCCGCUGGUGCUGGGGAGCUCUGCUUGCUCCCUGCCGGACCCUCUGCAGUGCUCAGCCCCAGCAUCACUCGGCGUUUCCUCCGCGAAGUAACCCGAGCUCCAAAUCUUCGCUGGCACGGCGAUGGCAACAGCUGCGGCCGCGCUGACGGCUCAGGGAAAGGACAAGGAGACCUGAAACCCUAUAGCAGCACACAGCCCCCUGGCUGCGCGUUCCCUGUCACAGGGCUCUGCCUGGAUUCCCAGGAGCGAAGUGAGCCCUCUGGCUUUUCAACCCGCCCUUCAGGUUCCUGUGCCUCGGAGGCUGGGUACGCUGCGCUGCAAUGGGGCACGCUUUGGGGCUGCGUGGUACUGCCGAGGGCUCCUCUGAGAGCCAGUUCCACAGCAGAAGUGCUGGGUGGCUGCUGUGCGCGCCAAAGCACCCAGGAAACGUCUGUCUCUACCAACAGGAACAACAAAAAUAAACGUUCCUUUCAGAUGUUUGUAGGAACCAAGGACAAUCUUUCAUCUCAAGAGCGCUUCCUGUUCAUAGGAGGAAAUCCCAGGUCCCGGGAUGGGAGCAGGGAGCCUGAGCAAACCUGCCCCGGGUAUGGGGAGCCCACGUAUCGUUUUGCACACUUGUGUGACGAUGGUGCAGGCAGAGAGAGCAGACGGGGACAGAUUCCAUCCCUGGGUUGCACAAGACCCUGCACUGAGGAUGUCAGGGCCGUAUGCGCUGUGUCCAGCAGACGGUCAUGCGGAAACCAGUAUAGGUUUUGCCCUAGAAAGUCUCUCCCUUUGCAGGAAACCUUCAGCUGCUUCUCUGAAUGACAAAUGAGCGGAGAGCCGUCCCUGCAGCACCUCAGGUGUUGCAACCGUACGCAGCUGAGCACCAGCAGCGCGGCGGCGUGGAUGCCCCGUGCCAGAUGCAGGCGGGAUGUGGGCACCGGCAGAGCUCAGCCCAGCCAGGGGGAGCCCCACAACUCACGUCCCCUCCGCCGGGCGCCUGCGUGUGCUGGAGCACGGGGGCAGGACACGAAUGCCUCUGCAGAUAACGGCAGUGCCCCGUCAGCUGCCGUGUCCAUCUUUGGCCGGCUCUCCGGUUACCAGCCACCUCCUCCAGCUGCCUCCAAAGAUAGGCAAAGCCACCUCCCUGCGCCUGUGCUGGAAACUACGGGGAAUCAGAGGGGGAACCGCAGGCAGGGAUGAGAUUGACGGGAUUUUUGUUGGAGUGAAGGGCGCUGCGGGCCUGCCUGAGCCAUGGCGCUGCUGUGCUACAACAAGGGCUGCGGGCAGAGGUUCGAUCCCGAGCACAACUCCGAGGGUAAGUACGUUCCUCUGCCUCGCAUCGAGGUGCGCUGGGGUGCUUGAUGUGUUCCUGCUCUGUGGCCUCAGCUGCUUGCUGUGUGCUGGCUCCAUGCCUGCUAGGGGACAGGAGGUGGCUCAGGAGCUGCCGGGCAGCACAGGCAGCUCGUGGGCAGGACUGCCCUUCCCAGAAGGCUCUGCGUGCUUUCCCCUUUUCAGAUUCCUGCCUGUAUCACCCGGGAGUCCCCAUCUUCCACGAUGCCCUGAAGGGCUGGUCUUGCUGCAAGAAGCGCACGACAGACUUCUCCGAGUUCCUCUCCAUUAAGGGAUGCACAAAGGGGUUUCACAGCAAGGAGAAGCCUCCUGAGCCUUCCCAAGAGGAGACCUCAGACAAGCCAAAGGCCAAGCCAGCAGCAGAGAUCAUCGUCCAAGGACCAAAAUCAGCUGAGAAGAUGCAGCGGGAAAGACCAAGCUCUGAUGAGCCACGACAACUGCUGCCGAUCAAAGUAUCCAGAUCUCUUGAGCAGGCACUGGAGAAAUUGAGCCUGUCUCCCAACAACAAGGAGCCCAAGGGCGACUGCGCAGGGGAGGCAGCUGCCCAGGUGAGAGCUGGCACCACCUGCAAGAACGCAGCCUGCAAGGCGACCUAUCAGGGCACGGAGAGCAACGCAGAGGUUUGUACUUUCCACCCUGGUGUUCCUGUCUUCCACGAGGGGAUGAAGUACUGGAGCUGCUGUGGGAUCAGAACGACGGACUUCAGCGCCUUCCUGGAGCAGCCGGGCUGCAGCACGGGGCGGCACUGCUGGAUGGGAAAGGCGGACAAGAAGGCGGUGUCGUGCAGACAGGACUGGCACCAAACCAGCAGCCAAGUGGUGGUGACAAUCUACGGCAAGAACCCUCUGCCCACCCUCAGCAGCGUGAAGGCCAACCGCACCGUGCUCGAAGUUCACGUCAUCUUCGAAGGGAAUAAGAUUUUCCAGGCAGAACUUGAUCUCUGGGGGGUCAUCGAAACAGAGAAGAGCUUUGUGUGCAUGGUCCCCACCAAGGUGGAGAUCACGCUCUGCAAGGCCAGCCCCGGGGCCUGGGCCAGGCUGGAGCAUCCCCAGAGCAAGGCCUGCUCCCAAGGCGAGCCGGAGCAGGCGGCCGCCAGCGCGGAGGAGCCCGAGGACGACUCGGAUGACAGCCUGAGCUGGUCGGAGGAGGAGGAUGAAGAGAUGGAAGCAGCCAACAGCGCGGCGCUGCCGAGGGGCUUUGACCAGAGCUCCGCAAGAGCAGACCGAGCCCCGAGCAGCCCGUAGCUCUCCCCUGGUCACAAGGGGCAAUGUAAUAAAAACACAAAGCGAAGCCUACACGGCGAUAUUACUGAGAUUUAGGGCGAACGCCCGCCCUCUCCCCUGCGCCCGCCAGCGCUCAGAGGCGGAGCCGUCGA